UGUAUAUUCACAUUAAUGAAAUCAUGAACACUUAAAGGGAUAUAUCGAUAAUAUUAUUUAAUACUUAUUACACAAAUACAUGAAAUAUGAAUUGAGAUAUAAGACAGUCACUACAACAAAAGCAAAAAGAAAUCUGUCUACAUUAUACAAUAAAGGGAACCAGUUAUUCGAUAAAAGAGAUGUAUAUCUAAUAUUUGAAUAUGUAUUAAUUAAUAAAUGGAUUGAUAAAUAUCUUUUUAUGAAUAUAUGAUUACUCAUGACUACGAAUGUUGCAUAUCAGUUAGCUUGGAUGGAAUUAUUGGAUACAGAAAAUAAGUAUAUCCAUUUAUUACAAGAUGUUUAUGAUAAGGUUAUGAUAUACAAAGAAAUCGAAUGUAAAACAUCAAUUGGUAUUACGCAGAUUCCACUUACUCAAUUAAAAGAAAAAUUACUUGGAAAUUGGUGUGAAUUACUCUCAUUUCAUAAAAUGCAUGUUCUACCUACAUUGAAAGAAUGCAAUGGAAAUGCUAAGAUGAUCAAAUGUUGGGCUUCUGUCAUGGCACCAUGCCUCAUUGACCUGUAUACUGUGUACUGUUUAUUCCAUGAAAAGACAAAACGACUAUGUACUUAUUUAGGAAACGUUUCACGUAAAAGUGUGGAUUUAAAAAAAACAAAUGUAAAAAAUGAAACAAUUGGAAAUUAUAACACCAAUACCGAGUUAUUUAAAUCUCAACUAACAAAACCUGUACGACGUAUUCAGUCUUAUCAUGUAUUAUUGAAUAAACUUCAAAAAGAAGCGAACUUAUCUGAUGUUAAACACUUGGACGAUGCUCGUCAAAUAUUCAACAGAAUAUGUGAUACAGUAAAUGUGACAAUGAAUCUGCGUGGUUUGACGGUAGCGCCAUCAAAGUUAGGACAUUUUUUGCUAGAAGCUGAUUUUACUGUUAACCAAACAAUCAAACCUACAAAGUCAAGACGACAUUUUCAUGUAAUUUUAUUUACUGAAAUGUUACUGUUAACAAAAUACCGUGUUUCGUUUAAAACAUCAAUUUCUAAUAAUAAAAGCUCUGAAGAUCAGUUUCCAAAUUUGGACGAUUAUUUAGCAUUCUUUGAUUUUUCACAUAAUAGUAAGCUCAGUAGUAAUAAAUCAUAUGAAGUAGAGGAAGAACUUUGCCUACAUCAAAUUGGAUUAUUUUCUAAUUCACAUGAUCGAUGUUUCUCAUUAUUUACCGAAAACUAUGGAUCCACUUACACAUUUAAAUCAAACGAUAAUACAGUGAAACAGUUAUGGACGAGUACAAUCAAUAAAUUACUUAUGAAUCAAUUAUACAAUUUACGAGUUAAUACGGAUCCACAACUACAGAUAUUCAAUAGACUACCGAUUUCAAGUAGUCACUUUUCUUGGCUGAAUUCAAAUUUACCAGUAAAUCCUAAAGUAAAACAAUUAAAAGAGAAAUGAAAGUAACAUUUUUAAAAAUAACGUCUGAUUUUUCAUUUCGCUCACAUUUUAUGAAUAUUUUGAACAAAGGCAAUUUAAAAACAGUUUAUAAUAAUAUUGUUCACAGUGUGUGUGUGUGUGUGGGGGGGUUAGUUGUGUUAUAAAAUCUGUUAUAUAUCAAGAAUUGCACGUUUUACUUUAUUAAAAUCAGGAUAACGGUGUGAACAAUGGUUUUAUACAAGAAUAUUUUUCAGUUUUCUGAUAAGUCAACUUACUUUAUAAUCCUUUAGAUCAUAGAUUUCAAAAAUAACGUAUAUCAAUUACAUUUUAUCAAGUAUUUUUUGUCUGGCUAUAUGCUUCGUGUUUUUUUCGUGAUUUCCAUAAAAUACCUUACAUUUAUUUUUAAGAGUCGACAUAUGAAAGACUUCAAUUCAUCCAAGUUGAUCUGAUACAUCUUUAAAAGUUGAGAAUCCUUAUUUCCCAAAGAAGUUGGACACUUCAAAAGCGCAUCUUCCAACCAAAACUGCAUAAUGAUCCAAUAUUAUUUACAUAAUCUUUUUAUUGUGACAACGUAGUAAUCACAGUUUUAUAUUGGCAUGUGUUGAAAUCCCUUCUGAAUGAUUAAACGUUACGUUUCUGAUAACAAAACAGAAUGUUUGUUACAAAAAUGCAAGUUAUUAUUUUGCAAUUUGUACGGUGGACUUUUAUUGAUUGGUAUCACACAUGUAACAAGAAAUAUACGAAGUGAAUACUCAAAA